GGCCACAUCCGCCACAGGCGCAGCCACCUCGCCGAAUAGAAGAUAACAUAGAUAGAUAGGUUAAGACCAGGCAUACCACUUAGUUUGCAUCGUAGCUAGCUAAAAUUUACUGUACCCAUAAUCAACAGCGAGCAGGAUCGAAGAUUGAAACAAACUUGCACCAUGAGAAAUGGCGUCGGCGUGCUCCCUAGCUCCAGGAGUCUCCCUCCCCUUGCACCAGCCCCCCUUGCCUUCACCUCCUAUAGCUAAGUUUCCAUUUCAAUAUUCCUCUCCUUCAAUCUCACCGAUAGUGCUCUGCAUGCUCUGUUUUGACUGCAGGCUGCGGCACCGUACCGCGCGCAUGGGGGCGAACUAUCGAGCCGUGGCCGCUGCGAGGACGGUCUCAUUGGGCGCCGCCAGGAGGAUGCUCGGUUCAGCCAUGUGUGGUGUGGAGGCGGUGGUGGCCGUGCCACCGUUGUGCUCGUGCGCCUAUGAGCUGCAGCUGGCCAGCCAACGCUACUUCGACGCCAGAACGGAUGGUGAGUUCGGCGGCGGGUAUCCUGUAGAAGCGGGGAACACGUUUCCAUAGCCAGUAUAAAAUUGUGUGAGCUUUCUCACAUCCUAAUAAGCUUUAUUUAUAUUGUUGGAGGGAAAAUGUGGGCCUUUCCAUCUGUAUAUCCAUGUAUCCUUCUAAUCAGACAACAGCGUAGAUGGGAUGGUAUGCUACACGCGGUGCUGCUGUAGCGGCAGCGGUGGGACUAGGAGUCACCAGAUCUGGCCAGGUGUGGUUGGUCCCCAUCUCCAGCCAUGUUUGGCGUCUUGCCAAGUUCAUGCCUCCACGGAUACGGGUGGCACGAUGCGGCGUUUUUGAUCUUUUUCUGCAGGUCUGGAUUGAGAGAAGGGUGAUGCAUUUUUGGUGGUACUCCUCGAGUAUCGAUUCUCAAUUCCUAGGGUGAAAACCCAAGGUCUGGCCCUCAUUGUUUGUACUUGGCAAUGGCCUUGUUGAAGGCAUUGUUUUUGGGUGAACUCGGAAUUUUUCCAAGGUGAAUACCCACGAUCUUCGAUCGGGCAACGACAACGCUUGUGCAUUGUUUCUUUCUUGGGGGCGUUGCUUUUGGAGAACCUUUUUUGUAAUCCGGGCAUUGUCUUCGGUGGUGGUUAGAGUGCUACUGAUGCAUGCUAGCGAUUGAUCACCAUGGAGGGGUAUUUUUUUUCUUCUGUUCUUUUUAUUUUGUUUUUUGGAUGUGUAUCCUUGAUGUCUUUGGACAUCUUGUUGGUAGAGAGGCCGGGUGUAAUUGGAGGCUUGGGGUUCCACGACCUUGAUAUAUUCACUUAUGCAAAGUUGGCUAAACACACAUGACUAUUUCUAUCUAGAUAGCUCAUGUACGAGGGUCCUUCACGGAAGAUACCAUGAAAUGAUUUUUUUUUCAAAUGCGGGUUCCCGCAUAGUGCAUCGUUAACUUCGCAUGCUAUUCUGAAAGGAUGAGAAGGUUUGAAGGAGGGUAUGUUGUGAAAAAUUGGGAAUGCACAUACUACAGAGAUAUGGUAUGCUAAAUGGGUGCAGGGCACGCCGCUGAUGAAACCACUAUGAUACAUGUGAGGAACUCUGGUCCAACUUGUAGCUGAUCUUAUCGAUGAAAAAACACGCGCGACUGGAACACUCCAUUCAUUCAUU